CGGAUCUUCUGGUCCGGAUGGAGGAUGAGCUCUUCUGGGUUCCCGGAUCUUCAAGUCCCGGCCAUAAGUAGCAGCUAAAUUCCGUGACAAGGAUAUUUUGCUGAGAAAGAAUACCGAACUGAGAGAAACCCCAAGCAAUAGAAACCUGCCCUUCACCUGUCAGUAUGACAUGGGAGAAGUUUUUUUGACCUCACGGCACUCGAUUCUUUUUUUUACUGUAAAAUGAGAAGGCGUGAAAUAACAAGAGAAAUAUGAAUCAGAAGUUACUGAAGUUGGAAAACUUGCUGCGACUUCACGUUGUUUGUAGGCAGCUGCAUGGCUUGAGUCAAAGAACAUUGGCACAACAGAGACAUGUGUUUUCAUCUCCUUAUCCAGUGUGGACAGCUUGGCUAUAUGCCUCCCCUUGGCAUACAAACACAUUUAUAAGAGUUCCUCUAUCUCAAUGUAGGCUUCUAGUAACAAAAAAGGAAGAAAGAUCACGAAAACCUCAUUUAUCUUCAACAAAAUCUAAAAAGGUGGUGGAGGUAUGGAUUGGAAUGACCAUUGAGGAGCUGGCCAAGGCAAUGGAAAAAGACAUAGAUUACAUAUAUGAAGCUUUAAUGAAUACUACUAUUGACAUAGAUUCACUAGAAGCAGAUUCACAUUUAGAUGAAGUUUGGAUCAAAGAAGUGAUCAAGAAGGCAGGGAUGAAAUUAAUUUGGAGCAAAUUAAAACAAGACAGAGUCAGAGAAAAUAAAGAUGCUGUAAGAAGACCCCAGGCAGACCCAGCUUUAUUAACCACAAGGUUCCCGGUUGUUACUAUUAUGGGCCAUGUUGAUCAUGGGAAAACAACAUUACUUGACAAACUUCGAAAAACUCAAGUGGCAGAAAUGGAAGCUGGUGGCAUUACUCAGCAUAUUGGUGCCUUUUUAGUCUCUCUACCUUCUGGGGAAAAGAUAACCUUUCUCGAUACUCCAGGACAUGCUGCUUUUUCAGCUAUGAGAGCCAGAGGUGCUCAGGUCACAGACAUUGUCAUAUUGGUUGUAGCUGCAGAUGAUGGGGUGAUGAAGCAAACUAUAGAGUCUAUUCAGCAUGCCAAAGAUGCUCAAGUUCCAAUUGUUCUUGCCAUAAACAAAUGUGACAAACCUGAGGCUGAUCCAGAAAAAAUAAAAAAAGAACUGCUAGCUUAUGACGUGGUUUGUGAGGAUCAUGGUGGUGAAGUUCAGGCAGUACAUGUCUCUGCACUUACAGGUGAUAAUCUGAUGGCAUUGGCAGAGGCGACAAUUGCUCUUGCAGAGAUGUUAGAACUAAAAGCCGAUCCCACCGGUCCAGUGGAAGGAACAGUAAUAGAAUCUUUCACAGACAAAGGAAGAGGACCUGUUACCUCAGCUAUAAUUCAAAGAGGAACCUUGAAAAAAGGUUCAAUUCUGAUUGCUGGAAAGAGUUGGGCAAGAGUACGAUUAAUGUUUGAUGAAAAUGGAAAAGCAGUCAGUGAGGCAGGCCCAAGUAUGCCAGUGGGAAUUGUUGGAUGGAAAGACCUUCCUUGUGCAGGAGAUGAAAUUCUUGAAGUGGAAUCUGAGGCACGAGCACGUGAAGUUAUUGACUGGCGAAUGUAUCAGCAAGAACAGGAAAAAAAUAAAGAGGAUCUGAAAAUAUUAGAAGAAAAAAGAAAGGAGCACCAAGAAGCUCAUCGGAAAGCCCGUGAGAAAUAUGGCUCUUUGCAUUGGAAGGAGAGGUCGUUUAUAAAGUACCAAGAAAAAAAAGAACAAAAAAUAUUAAAACCUAAAGAGAAAGUGGAAAGAGAGUCAAAUGUGCUUCCUAUAAUCAUUAAAGGUGAUGUUGAUGGUUCUGUUGAGGCCAUUUUGGAUAUUAUGGAUACCUAUGAUGCUUCACAUGAAUGUAAAUUAGAAUUAGUACAUUUUGGCUUGGGUGAUAUCAGUGAAAAUGAUGUUAACCUUGCAGAAACAUUUCAUGGUGUGAUAUAUGGUUUCAACGUGAAUGCAAGCAAUGUUAUUCAGCAAUCAGCUACAAAAAAAGGAAUAAAAAUUAAACUUCACAAAAUCAUUUACCGGCUCAUUGAAGAUUUACAAGAAGAACUAAGUAACAGAUUGCCCUGCUCUGUAGAAGAGCUCCCAAUAGGUGAGGCUUCUGUAUUAGCUACCUUCUCUGUAACAGAAGGGAAGAAGAAAGUUCCUGUGGCUGGCUGCAGAGUCCAAAAGGGGCAGUUAGAAAAACAAAAAAAAUUUAAAUUAACCCGUAAUGGACAACUUAUUUGGAAGGGCUCCUUAGCUUCACUGAAACACCAUAAAGAUGAUGUUUCUGUCAUCAAAACUGGGAUGGAUUGUGGUCUCAUUUUGGAUGAAGAAAAAAUAGAAUUUAAAAUAGGAGAUGAAAUAAUGUGUUAUGAAGAAAAGGAAGUUCCAGCCAAGACUUCCUGGGACCCUGGAUUUUAAAGUACUUUAGCCUGCUUUUUAAAUUUAAUAUUAUUUAUAAAUAACUGUGUUAACAUGCAUUGUGAAAACGAACAGAAACCUAUGCUUUCAAAUAAGCAAGAUGAAAGCAAAUUGCUACCAGCUCAAUAAACUU